AUGCCAAGAGAGACGAGCCCUGGCUUGAAGAUCCUCUGGCUAUGGACGAUUGGCACUGCUGGCAUUCUUGUUACAAGUGUGAUGAGGACAAGGCUAAGAGACAUGGAACAACAGCUCACCAGAACUCAAGAGCAAGAGGCCACUCCCAAUGACUCAAUCAUAACUGAUGUGGUACCUGAAUCUGAGGGAUUUCUUAUAGAAGACAGAAAUCCUGGUAUUUCUCUGCCAUUGUCUACCAUCAAGCCUCUUACAGGAAAUAAUUUUGAGGAAUGGUUUGAGUCUUUCAACAUCCAUAUGACCUUGCAAAUUCUGGACUUGGCUUUGAGAGUUGAUGAGCCAAGUAAACCCACUGAUAUGAGCUCUGCAGACGAAAGAUCCUUUUAUGAGAAAUGGGAGUACUCCAAUAGGAGUUGUUUGAUGGUGAUGAAAUACACAAUGGAUAAGUCCAUUAAAGAAUGUGUGCCAAAGACAGAAAGGGUCAAAGAAUUUUUGAAAUAUGUGAAGGCUAAUUAUACCAAGACUGAUAAGGCAGAAAUGACAACUCAUUUGAAGCUUCUCACAACCACUGUGUAUGAUGGAGUAGGUGGGAUUAAAGAUCACAUCAUCAAACUAAAGCACUAUUUCAACAAGGCAAAUGAGAUGAAAGUAGAGUUGAGUGAGAAAUUUUUGAAAUGGUUGAUACUUGAGUCUCUUCCUGCUCCCUUUGAUGCAGUGAAGUUGACCUAUAAUGCCUUGAAGGAAGAAUGGACUUUGGAGGAGUUGAUGUCCAUUGUGGUGCAACAUGCAGUCUCACUGAAGAAAAAUGAGACCCACUCUAUUGCUUUUGUUACUAACCAUGGGAGCAGCAUGAAGAAAAAACCUUUACACUAG